AUGAUUGCUGCUGUCACCUGGAUUUUUAAAGAUAGAUAUCGUGCACCAGUAGGUGAUAGGUUUCUGUAUAAGAUUAGCUGCUUCGUCAUCACAUAUUCUUCUUCUAGUGACAACUAUAAAAGUCAACACUUCUAUUUUAAUCUGGAUUUCACUGGUGUCCCAGCAGUUGUUGAUCUUGCUUGUAUGAGGGAUGCUAUGAGCAAACUUGGGAGUGACCCGAACAAAAUUAAUCCUCUGGUACCUGUAGACCUUGUUGUGGAUCAUUCAGUACAAGUUGAUGUGGCAAGAUCGGAAAAUGCUGUUCAGGCAAAUAUGGAGCUUGAGUUCAGCCGUAACAAGGAGCGGUUUGGAUUCUUGAAAUGGGGUUCCACUGCAUUCAAUAACAUGCUUGUUGUUCCACCUGGAUCUGGAAUUGUUCACCAGGUGAAUCUUGAAUAUCUGGCCAGGGUUGUCUUCAACAAUGGUGGGAUACUUUACCCUGAUAGUGUUGUCGGCACAGAUUCACACACAACUAUGAUAGAUGGUCUUGGUGUUGCUGGAUGGGGAGUUGGUGGUAUAGAGGCAGAAGCUACAAUGCUUGGGCAGCCAAUGAGCAUGGUCUUGCCAGCAGUUGUUGGUUUUAAGUUAUCAGGGAAGCUGAGGAAUGGAGUUACAGCCACAGACUUGGUUCUAACAGUAACUCAAAUGCUUAGGAAACAUGGUGUUGUUGGGAAGUUUGUUGAAUUUUAUGGGGGAGGUAUGGGUGAACUAUCUCUUGCUGAUAGGGCUACUAUCGCAAACAUGGCACCAGAAUAUGGUGCGACUAUGGGUUUCUUCCCAGUUGAUGCAAAGACAUUGGACUACCUGAAGCUAACUGGCAGAAGUGAUGAAACUGUGGCCAUGAUAGAGACUUACCUCCGUGCAAAUAAUAUGUUUGUCGACUACAAGCAGGUUCAAGCUGAAAGAGUGUAUUCAUCUUAUCUGGAACUUGACUUGGAUGAGGUGGAACCAUGUCUGUCCGGACCAAAACGGCCUCAUGAUAGAGUGACAUUGAAGAACAUGCAGUCAGAUUGGCUUUCUUGCCUGGACAACAAAGUAGGGUUCAAGGGUUUUGCUGUCCCCAAGGAAUCACAGGGUAAAGUUGCUGAGUUUUCAUUCCGUGGGACGCCAGCAAAGAUAAAGCAUGGUGAUGUUGUAAUUGCGGCUAUCACCAGUUGCACCAACACAUCAAAUCCUAAUGUAAUGCUGGGAGCUGCUUUGGUUGCCAAAAAGGCUUGUGACCUAGGCCUGGAGGUGAAACCAUGGAUUAAGACAAGUCUUGCGCCAGGUUCUGGUGUUGUGAAGAAGUACUUGGACAAGAGUGGUCUGCAGAAGUAUCUUAACCAGCUUGGUUUCAAUAUUGUUGGCUAUGGGUGUACAACGUGCAUAGGAAACUCUGGAGAUCUUGAUGAAUCCGUAGCUGCUGCAAUUACCGACAACGAUGUUGUCGCUGCUGCUGUGUUGUCUGGGAACAGGAAUUUCGAAGGCCGUGUACAUGCGUUGACCCGAGCAAAUUAUCUCGCAUCUCCCCCAUUGGUUGUGGCCUAUGCUCUCGCUGGCACGGUUAAUAUUGAUUUUGAGAAAGAACCAGUAGGCAUCUCAAAAGAUGGGAAAGAGGUUUUCUUCAGGGAUAUUUGGCCUACCACUGAUGAGAUUGCUGAGGUUGUUAAGGCGAGUGUGCUCCCAGACAUGUUCAAGGGCACAUAUGAGGCAAUCACCAAAGGAAAUCCUAUGUGGAAUGAGCUGCCAGUAUCAGCAAGCACUCUCUACCCAUGGGAUCCAAAAUCAACAUACAUCCAUGAGCCUCCUUAUUUCAAGGAUAUGACAAUGACCCCUCCUGGCGCACGGCCUGUGAAGGAUGCGUAUUGUCUUCUCAACUUCGGUGACAGUAUCACAACUGAUCACAUAUCCCCAGCUGGAAGCAUCCACCCAGACAGCCCAGCUGCCAAAUAUCUAAAGGAGCGCAAUGUUGAAAGGAAGGACUUCAACUCAUAUGGCAGUCGACGAGGGAACGAUGAGAUCAUGGCUAGGGGAACUUUUGCCAACAUUCGCAUUGUGAACAAGUUCUUGAAGGGAGAGGUUGGCCCCAAAACCGUCCAUGUUCCAUCAGGGGAGAAGCUUGCUGUUUUUGAUGCUGCUAUGAAAUACAAGAAUGAAGGGCAUGACACUAUCAUCCUGGCUGGUGCUGAGUAUGGCAGUGGAAGCUCAAGGGAUUGGGCUGCAAAGGGUCCAAUGCUUCAGGGAGUGAAGGCCGUGAUAGCCAAGAGUUUUGAGAGGAUUCACCGUAGCAAUCUUGCUGGAAUGGGCAUCGUCCCUCUAUGCUUCAAGGCUGGGGAGGAUGCCGACAGUCUUGGCUUAACUGGCCAUGAGCGUUACACCAUCCAGCUUCCGACUGAUGUGAAUGAAAUCAAGCCUGGCCAAGAUGUUACAGUCACAACCGACAACGGCAAGUCGUUCACGUGCACACUCCGCUUUGACACCGAGGUGGAGCUUGCUUACUACACCCAUGGUGGUAUUCUACCAUAUGUCAUCAGAAAGAUUGCAGCCGAGCAAUAG